AUGCAAGAAAAGCCGACCACAGUUGCCGCCUACGCGGCCGGCGCCUCCCUCGCAGCCGUUGCCCUAUUUUACGUGUUCGGUCCCAACUACACACUUGACGGUGACGAGUCCAACGAUGACAACCGCAAGAAGAGCAUAGUCGGCUUGUCCAACCUAGCCAAUGACUGCUUCAUCAAUUCGGUGCUCCAGGCUCUGGCUGGCCUGGGCGAUCUCCGUGUAUAUCUGAACCGGGAGCUGCACCGGCGUGAGCUGGACGGGCCGGAGAUUUACAACGCGGUGCCGAGCGAGGAUGAGCUGUCCCGCGGAGCGAAGCAGGACAAGGCGCGGGAAUUACAGCAGGGAUUGAUUACACAGGCAUUGAAGGAAAUGUUGGAUAGAUUGAACGAGCGUCCAAUCUAUAAGAAGACCAUUUCGGCACGGGGAUUCAUCCAGUCGUUGGAAUUCGCGUUCCGUACGCGCAUCAGCCGAAAUCAGCAAGAUGCGCAGGAAUUUUUACAGAUUAUCUUGGAGCGACUCUGUGAUGAAUAUCAUGCUGGUGUGCGCGCAAGGAAGAAUGCUCUCGGUCUGGUUGGUGCGCCUGCUGGUCUGAGCGCGCCGCCAGAGUCUGAAAUCGCUGUCCCCGAUAGUCCGUCCGGGGUAGAGGUGCGGAUUGAUGAUGGAUCACCGAAUGGCUUACCGGCUAUCAUUGAUACCAAACUCAAGGAGAUUGAUAACGAACCUGGAUUUAUGUUUGAGGGUAAGCUGGAGUCGCAGAUCGAGUGCCAGUUCUGCCACUACCAGUAUAAACCGAACCAGACGUCAUUCGUCAAUCUCACGCUGCAAGUGCCGCAAAAAAGCUCUACCACACUCAACGCAUGCUUCGAUGGUCUUCUUAAAACCGAGUAUAUUGAAGAUUUCCGUUGCGAUCAUUGCCGUCUUCAGCAUGCGAUAGGACUGAAGACCCAGGAGAAGGCUCGGACGCAUUCCCAGAGUGAGCAAGAGCGCCUGGGUGAAGAGAUCGCCCGCAUCCAAGAGGCAUUGGAGAAGGACCCAGAAAGUGAACUCGAGGGCAUUGAGCUGCCGCCUUCUGAUCUUGCCCCGAAGCGUCGGAUUGCACGGCACAUGCGCAUCACGGCAUUUCCCAAGGUCAUCGCCAUUCACUUGUCGCGAUCAAUCUUCGACCGAAGUAGCUCCAGCAAGAAUGCCGCCAAGGUCUCAUUUCCCGAACGACUCCCCCUGGGCGGUAUCUUGAGCCAGACGUGGUAUAAACUCCUGGCGAUUGUUUGUCACAAAGGCAGCCAUCACAGCGGUCACUACGAGUCCUUCCGUCGUAAUCAUAUCUACGCCCCAUUCUCCACCCCUGGGACAUUCAGCUCGUAUGCACAGAGUCGUGCCGUCAGUGAGAAUCCUUCCGAAGCCCCGAGUCCUCGCCUGGGACCCCUCAGCCCGGACAACGUAGGUGGCAGUGACAUCUCCCCUGCAGCCUCCUCCACCUCUCUAUCGGGAGUCCAGCUCUCCCCCUCAUUACCCCGCCAUACUACGUCCAGCUCUCGUCGCUCGUUACAAAGUAACCUUUCCCGAUCCUCAACUCCCCAACCGAUCAGCUCAGAUAGCAGUCCGACGUUAAGUCUCGGGCGGGCAAGCAUUUCAUCCGCCCCACGAUCAUCUCGGACCAUCCCGCGAUCCUCUGUGGAAACCCCCCCGGGGAUUGGAUCGCGCCUUCGUCGAAAGCGCAAGCCAAAUGAUCGCUGGUGGCGGAUCUCAGAUGAAAAGAUUAAGGAAUGCAAGACCUCGGAUGUGCUGGGCAUGCAGAAGGAGGUAUACCUGCUAUUCUACGAGAUUGAGCGGCCCGAUUCCAGUCCCGUUGCAUAG